AGAGGACUGUGAGCGCGCGUUCAGGCAGGACAGGAGGGCGCGCGGGACAUCAGCACACCGGCCGGGUCAAGAAGCUGCAAGGAUGGAGAUCCGACCAGACAGGUUUAAGGCGGUCGCGGGAAAAACUCUGGGGAAAAUUCACAGGCUGAUUGAGAAGCGGCAGCCCAAUGGAGAAACCAUUGAGUUAUCAGCGGAGGGCCGUCCUGAGCUGGUGGAGGAGAAGGAGCUGCCAGUGGUGGACUGUACCUGCUUUGGCUUGCCAAGGCGGUACAUCAUCGCCAUCCUGUCUGGCCUGGGAUUCUGCAUCUCUUUUGGCAUCCGGUGCAACCUGGGUGUGGCCAUCGUAAGCAUGGUCAAUGACCACACUGUCUACAAAGGCAACAAGGAAGUACUGGUGGCUGCACAGUUUACCUGGGACCCUGAGACAGUGGGGAUGAUCCACGGCUCCUUUUUCUGGGGCUACAUCGUCACACAGAUUCCGGGGGGCUUUAUAUGUCAAAGAUUUGCAGCCAACAGAGUGUUUGGCUUUGCCAUAGUGGCCACAUCCACCCUCAACAUGCUGAUUCCAUCUGCUGCUCGCUGCCAUUACAGCUGCGUCAUACUGGUCAGGAUAUGCCAGGGCCUUGUUGAGGGUGUAUCAUACCCAGCCUGCCACGGGAUCUGGGCCAAGUGGGCGCCUCCUCUUGAGAGAAGUCGAUUAGCCACAACAGCCUUUUGUGGAUCCUAUGCAGGAGCAGUAGUUGCCAUGCCUUUAGCUGGGAUACUGGUGCAAUACACUGGGUGGUCUUCAGUAUUCUAUGUGUAUGGCAGCUUUGGGAUAUUCUGGUAUUUGUUCUGGAUUCUGGUGUCGUAUGAGAGUCCCGCAGCACAUCCCACCAUCACGCCGGAGGAGAGGAAGUACAUUGAAGAUGCAAUCGGAGAAUCUGCAUCAUUUCUUAAUCCUCUCCAUAAAUUUAAAACCCCAUGGAGACAUUUCUUCACCUCCAUGCCAGUCUACGCCAUCAUUGUGGCCAACUUCUGCAGGAGCUGGACCUUCUACCUGCUGCUCAUCAGCCAGCCAGCCUACUUUGAAGAAGUCUUUGGCUUUGAGAUCAGCAAGGUGGGCAUGGUGUCAGCUUUGCCCCAUCUGGUGAUGACCAUCAUCGUGCCUAUUGGAGGCCAGCUGGCAGACUACCUGAGAACCCACAACCUGAUGUCCACCACCAACGUCAGGAAGCUCAUGAACUGUGGAGGUUUUGGAAUGGAGGCCACCCUUCUGCUGGUGGUGGGAUACUCUCACACAAAAGGAAUCGCAAUUUCCUUCUUGGUCCUCGCUGUGGGUUUCAGUGGAUUUGCUAUCUCAGGGUUUAAUGUCAAUCACUUGGAUAUCGCCCCUCGAUAUGCCAGCAUACUGAUGGGCAUCUCAAACGGGGUGGGAACAUUAUCUGGAAUGGUGUGUCCUCUCAUAGUUGGAGCCAUGACCAAACACAAGACACGUGAAGAGUGGCAGGGUGUCUUCCUUAUAGCUUCCCUCGUUCAUUAUGGAGGAGUGGUUUUCUAUGGACUCUUUGCAUCAGGGGAAAAGCAGCCGUGGGCAGACAUAGAGGACACCAGCGAAGAGAAGUGCGGUAUUAUUGAUGAGGAUGAACUGGCCAAUGAGACAGAGGAGCUCUACCGCGGAGGCGGGCAGUACGGAGCCAUGAGCCAACCAGCUGUUGGUUCCAACGGAGGAGGGGCCGGAGGAGGAGGAGGAGGAGGAGCUGGGCCUGGAUGGGUGUCGGACUGGGACAAGUCUGAGGAGUAUGUGCAGCCGCCUGGAUACAACUCUUACAUGUAUGGGGGAGAAGAGGAGAGGGAGCUGACAUAGAAGAGUGACAUGGUUCAAGUUUAAAAAACAGAAACAAGAUAAAGAAAAGAGGAAAAUUGUUUUGGGGAAAGGGAUUGUAAGAGAGUCACUGCUAUACUGAAUGGACCUGCUGUGUGCUUUUGUACAAUAUUUACAAUUGCACAAAUAAUAAGUAUGGAUCUGAUUCAUUCCAUUGUGUGUGUUUGUGUGUGUUGUUUGUGUGUGCGUGCGUGCGAGCGAGUGUGUAGGCAUGUGCAUGCUGGUGUUAGAGUUGUUAAUGUACACAUACACAUACAGUAUUCAUUUGCAAAAACUGAACUUAUGUCCCAGAUUCCUUCCUGGUCCUGAGCUUGUUGUGAUUGGCCAGGAGAUCUGUUUCCACAUCACUGAGGAGAUUCUGUGUGUGUGUGUGUGUGUGUGUGUGUGUGUGUGUGUGAGGUGGGCUUUCUGCCUGUACAGCAACUCUCUCAAGCCACUGGCAUUGUCUUGUAUUUAAAUUUUUAUGUGUGAGCCACAUGUUUACUUUUUUUGCUGGGAAAGCACCUUUGGGGCCUCUUGAGCUUAAAAAAUUGUCCAAAUUACUAAAUGUGAAGUCAUGACUGUACCUUGCUCACACUCAUGUGUCUAGUCUGUAUUACCCUGAAGGCUCACAGACCUAAUAGAAGUCAUAUUGAUCAUUUGAUAAUACAUUUCUGCAUUUGAUCAAUACACAAACUAAACACAAUCAUGCCCAGACAUUGGAGAUGCAGUCAUUUAACUUUCCUUUACCUCUAAAACAUGUUUCCAAAGCAUUCAUAAUUCAAGGUAUGCUUGCAUGUGGUCGUCAACAUGGGUUCAUUUAUGUGGAAAGAAUUUGGCGUGUUUUAAACCACUUUCAAACUAUUCAAAGAGGAAGAAGGUGCAUAGGUGUCGUAUCAGUCCGUGUAUGUGUGUGUAAAGCUGUUAAGGCUUGUGUUGCAACCUUCUCCCCUUUAUGUGUGUGUGCAUUUGAAUGUGCAAAGGUGUGUGUUUGAGCACAAAGCUGCAUGUGGCGUCUAGCUGAAUCUCACCUGGGUCUGACCUAACUAGGUCAAGUCCAUCCAGGCUCAUGGGUCACAUGAGUAAUCAUCUGACAUUUGUGACUUUCCAUUCGGUGUGUACGCUCCCAUUAGAGAGGUGGCCCAGAAUGACAAGUAGAGUGUAAUAGUUGCUGUACUGUUUCACUGCUUAACCAGUGAGUAACAUAUAAUAUUCCCAGGCAUCACAGCACAUGCUGCCUCUGUUUCUGCCUUUUUCUGUGUCUCUGUGGCGGCCUCUCCCUCUGUCUUCCUCCCUGCAUUUAACAGGACGUUCUCCAUCUUCUCCUCUGUUUCCAUGUCUUUACUACCUACACGUCAGUCAUGUUUGAGUUUGUGGGUCAGAGCUUUUCAGAUUGUCUAUGUGUGUGUGGGUGGGUGUGGGUGUGUGUGUGACAGUGAGUGUGUUGUUGUGUUGGGUGCAGGUGCUGAAACAUUGUGCGGUGAGCAUGUUUUAAUGAGCACAGCAGUGCAGCACCCCGCCAUCCCUCUCUUCCUUUUACACACAAACACACAGGAUGCUAAUUUCAUGCAAGCACAGUCAAGUGCACCAUGCACACUGUGCAGAGGGAGUGGUGGCACACUAUUUGGUAUUUACAUGGCUGUCAGUGUGAAGUGCACCCAUGGAAACAAGGUGGGAUUAGGAAGGAUCUAUGAUCGUAUAUUCACUAAUAAAGACCACGCCCAUGAAGAUAUGGAUUUAGAAUUGUUUAUUGCAUAAUAGGAUAGAGAGGGAGAUGGUGUAGGAGGGAUGGAUUGAAGAUCCGGAGGGAAGGGUGAGGGACAAAGGGAUGAAGGUUGAUGGAUGAAGGUAUAACGGGAUGAAGGGUGAGGGGUGAAGGGUGAAGGGAUGAGGAAAGAAAUCAGGGUUGUGGUAGGAUGGAUGGAUGAGUAUGUUGAUGGACCAGUGUCAGCUGGUGGCAGGAAGAAAGGAGAGAACUAUGAGAGUUGCUUUUCUGAGUACGUACUGUUCUCGGAUUGGAUUGAGCCCCAGUGGUUCCUGUAUUUGAGCAAAGGUCAGAGAGAAGAAUGGGGGGAUUUGAAGGGGAGGGAUGUAACAACUGAUAAAGUGUGCGUAAAUACUUUUUGUGCAGCAAUGGGUUGUGAUCGAGGCGUGGUCUUUGCUCUCAAGCCUAGUUAUCAAACUUAAUUCAUCAGUGGGUGUGUUAAGGUAUGGUAACAAUCAUGGCCAGUCACAUCAGCUCCUCUCGUGUUAAACCAGGAGUGGAGAGUCCAAAGUUAGAGGACGCUAACAUUCUCAUACAGGAGAGGAACUGUCAUAAUGUACGGGCUGCACAGUACAACUCUUUGCGCCUGCACAUACAGUAGAUAGAGCCAACAUACUCAGACAUGAAACGACGUGUGCAUGCACACACACAACUUCUGUAUUCUGUGUGUACUCACAGGUCAUGCCAGCACGCAGUAUUUUUUUAUUUAAAAGUACAUUUACAGAUGGCUCUUUUCCAGACACGUAUUGAGGGUUUGUGAUGUGAACUAACUAUUGUAAGAGAGAAAAAAUACACUGCUGGAAUGUUAAAAAUAAUUUCUGUGAUUCAAAUGAGGGUUUAAUGUUAAAAUGUGUUGGUAUGUCAAUAAAUGAUUUUAAAAAAGUGAUUAAGGCAAAUUGUGUUUUGAGUGAAAUGUCUAAAAGACAUGAAUGAUUAUUCCUGUGAACAAUUUUAUUUUUAAGUGUUGUAUCGGUGUAUUUUUAAUCAAGUUUCUCUUUGUCUCAGUUUAUGGCUGUUCCAAUGUUGUCCUCCUCUUUCUUGAUGAAAUGUGUGGUGGGAAUCAGUGUAGAAAUAAAAAAAGGAAAUGAUCAUAUUUAAACAUGCAAAAAUGUUCUAUGUAUAAAAGAUGUAUAUGUGAGAUAUCCUUGUGUAUAAUAAAAUUCAAGCAAUUUAAGAUGA